GAGCAGGGAGCCGGGCGCGCGCAGAGAGACUUGAGGCGCAGUAGCCGGAGGCUCCGCUCGCCGCCCGGACCCGACCCCGCCGCGCGGCCAUGGACCUGUCCCGGGGCCUCGUGGUGGCCUGGGCGCUCAGCCUGUGGCCAGGGUUCACGGAUACCUUCAACAUGGACACCAGAAGGCCGCGGGUCAUCAUGGGCCCCAAGACCGCCUUCUUCGGCUACACGGUGCAGCAGCACGACAUCAGUGGCAAGAAGUGGUUGGUUGUGGGUGCCCCACUGGAAACCAACGGCCACCAGAAAACAGGCGACAUUUACAAGUGUCCUGUGAUCCAGGGCAACUGCACCAAGCUCAACCUGGGAAGGGUCACCCUGUCCAACGUGUCCGAGCGGAAGGACAACAUGCGCCUGGGCCUGAGCCUCGCCACCAACCCCAAGGACAACAGCUUCCUGGCCUGCAGCCCGCUCUGGUCUCACGAGUGUGGCAGCUCCUACUACACCACAGGGAUGUGCUCGAGAGUCAACGCCAACUUCCGGUUCUCCAAGACCGUGGCCCCAGCCCUCCAGAGGUGCCAGACCUACAUGGACAUCGUCAUUGUCCUGGACGGCUCCAACAGCAUCUACCCCUGGGUGGAGGUCCAGCACUUCCUCAUCAACAUCUUAAAGAAGUUCUACAUCGGCCCAGGGCAGAUCCAGGUUGGAGUUGUUCAGUACGGAGAAGACGUGGUCCAUGAGUUUCACCUCAAUGACUACAGGUCUGUCAAGGAUGUGGUAGAAGCUGCCAGCCACAUAGAGCAGAGAGGAGGAACAGAGACCCGAACAGCAUUUGGCAUCGAAUUUGCUCGCUCCGAGGCCUUCCAGAAGGGCGGAAGGAAAGGGGCCAAGAAGGUGAUGAUCGUCAUCACGGACGGGGAGUCCCACGACAGCCAGGACCUGGAGAAGGUGAUCCAGCAGAGCGAGAGGGACAACGUGACGAGAUACGCUGUGGCCGUCCUGGGCUACUACAACCGCAGGGGCAUCAAUCCAGAAACUUUUCUAAAUGAAAUCAAAUACAUCGCCAGCGACCCCGACGAUAAGCACUUCUUCAAUGUCACAGAUGAGGCAGCCCUGAAGGACAUUGUUGAUGCCCUGGGGGAACGGAUCUUCAGCCUAGAAGGCACCAACAAGAACGAAACGUCCUUUGGGCUGGAGAUGUCACAGACAGGCUUCUCCUCGCACGUGGUGGAGGACGGGAUUCUGCUGGGUGCCGUGGGCGCCUACGACUGGAACGGGGCUGUGCUGAAGGAAACGAGCAGCGGCAAGGUGAUCCCUCUGCGCGAGUCCUACCUGAAGGAGUUCCCUGAGGAGCUCAAGAACCACGCCUCGUACCUGGGGUACACAGUGACGUCGGUCGUGUCCUCCAGGCAGGGGCGGGUGUACGUGGCCGGAGCCCCCCGGUUCAACCACACAGGCAAAGUCAUCCUGUUCACCAUGCACAACAACCGGAGCCUCAGUAUCCGCCAGGCUCUUCGGGGCGAGCAGAUAGGCUCCUACUUCGGGAGUGAGAUCACCUCUGUGGACCUGGACGAUGACGGGGUGACCGAUGUCCUGCUGGUGGGGGCGCCCAUGUACUUCAGCGAGGGCCGAGAGCGCGGCAAGGUGUACGUGUACACCCUGAGACAGAGCCGGUUUGUUUAUAACGGGAUGCUGAAGGAUUCCCACAGUUACCAGAACAGCCGCUUUGGUGCAUCCAUCGCCUCCGUUCGGGAUCUUAAUCAGGACUCCUACAACGACGUGGUGGUGGGCGCCCCGCUGGAGGACGGCCACCAAGGAGUCAUCUACAUCUUUCAUGGCUCCCAGGGCGGCAUCCUGAAGACACCCAAGCAGAGAAUUGCUGCUUCCGAGCUGGCUCCCGGCCUCCAGUACUUCGGCUGCAGCAUCCAUGGGCAACUGGACCUCAAUGAGGACGGGCUCGUGGACCUGGCGGUGGGCGCGCUGGGCAACGCGGUGAUUCUGUGGUCCCGGCCCGUGGUCCAGAUCAACGCCAGCCUGCGCUUCGAGCCGUCCAAGAUCAACAUCUUCCACAAGGACUGCAAGCGCAGCGGCAGGGACGCCACCUGUCUGGCCGCCUUCCUCUGCUUUGCGCCUGUCUUCUUGGCCCCCCAUUUCCAGAUGGCAACUGUCGGCAUCAGGUACAACGCCACCAUGGACGAGAGGCGCUACAUGCCGCGGGCGCACCUGGACGAGGGCAGCGACCAGUUCACCAACAGGGCCGCGGUGCUCACUGCUGGCCAGGAGCACUGCCAGCGGAUCAGCUUCCACGUCCUGGACACUGCUGACUACGUGAAGCCGGUGGCCUUUUCAAUCGAGUACUCCCUGGAGGACCCUGAGCACGGCCCUAUGCUGGAGGAUGGCUGGCCCACCACGCUCAGAGUCUCGGUGCCCUUCUGGAAUGGCUGCAAUGAGGACGAGCACUGCGUCCCCGACCUGGUGCUGGAUGCCCGGAGCGACGUGCCCACAGCCAUGGAGUACUGCCAGAGGGCGCUGAGGAAGCCCGCGCAGGACUGCUCGGCCUACACGCUCUCCUUUGACACCGCCGUUUUCAUCAUAGAGAGCACGCGGCGGCGGGUGGCGGUGGAGGCCACGCUGGAGAACAGGGGCGAGAACGCCUAUAGCGCGGUGCUGAACAUCUCCCAGUCCCCCAACCUGCAGUUCGCCAGCCUGAUCCAGAAGGACGACUCGGACAGCAGCAUCGAGUGUAUGAACGAGGAGUGGAGGCUGCACAAGAAAGUCUGCAACAUCAGCUACCCCUUCUUCAGGGCCAAGGCCAAGGUGGCUUUCCGGCUGGACUUCGAGUUCAGCAAGUCUGUCUUCCUGCACCACCUGGAGAUCCAGCUCAGCUCUGGCAGUGACAGUGACGAGCAGGACAGCACAAAGGAGGACAACACAGCCCUCCUGCGCUUCCACCUCAAGUAUGAGGCCGAUGUCCUCUUCACCAGGGGCAGCAGCCUGAGCCACUAUGAGGUCAAGCCCAACAGCUCCCUGGAGAGAUACGACGGCAUCGGGCCUCCCUUCAGCUGCGUCUUCAAGAUCCAGAACCUGGGCUUCUUCCCCAUCCACGGAGUGACGGUGAAGAUCACCAUUCCCGUGGCCACCAGGGGUGGCAACCGCCUGCUAGUGCUGAGGGACUUCCUCACCGACCAGGCGAACAUGUCCUGUAAUGUCUGGGGGAACACCACCGAGUACCGGCUCACCCCCACGGAUGAGGACUUGAGUCAGGCCCUGCAGCUGAACCACAGCAACUCUGACGUGGUCUCCAUCAACUGCAAUGUGCAUCUGGCCCCCAACCAGGAGGUCAACUUCCACCUGCUGGGGAACCUGUGGCUGAAGUCCCUAAAGGCACUCAAGUUCAGGUCCCUGAAGAUCAUGGUGAACGCGGCCCUGCAGAGGCAGUUCCACAGCCCCUUCAUCUUCCGCGAGGUGGACCCCAGCCGCCAGGUCACCUUUGACAUCUCCAAGCAGGAAGACUCGCAGGUCCCCAUCUGGAUCAUCCUGGGCAGCACGCUGGGGGGCCUCCUGCUACUCGCCCUGCUGGUACUGGCGCUGUGGAAGCUGGGCUUCUUUAAAAGUGCCAAGCGCAAGAGGGAGCCUGGCACAGACCCCAGCCCCAAAGCACUAGAGUGAGGCCCCGGACAAGGCUUGGAGUUGAUGGGGCCACCUUGGCCCAGGUGGGUGCAGGCCCAGGCCCACGGCCCCACCGAGCUGGAGCAGAGAGGAUGCCGCUGGCUUUGCACUUGACCUCGACUCUUGAGCAUGGCGCCUGCUCCCUCUGGGAAAGAACUGAAGCAGGUGCUGAGGAGCUGCCCUGCUGGAGGCUCUCAGGAGGGCGCUGUGGGCCCAGACACCACAGUACCAGCAGUCUCCAAUCAGGCCCACCUCUGGAGGAGCCCAGAGGAAGAGUGUAAAUACAAACCGCCCUGCACCUCCAUCUGGACACCCUGGUGGGUGGCCCAGGUCACAACCAGCCUUUCCCUACAGACAGGCCUGAUGCUCCCUGCCAGUCAGCCCCCACUUGAGGCUUGACUGGCCCAGCUGCAGGCCAGGAUGGAGAGCAACUGUGGGAAGUAGAGCUAUCACACGGACAGGUGACACCCAGGACAUAUCACUCUGACUCUGCAGUGCCCACUCCACUGCCUGCUGUCCCUCCCAGCUGCUUCUGUUCCUAGGUACCUCACUGUGGGUGACUGGAUCCCCUGGGCCCCACCACAGUCCCUCCUGUCUCCUGCAGCCUGCCCCGCCCUGCCCGCAACGACUUGCUGGCCUGGCUGUACCAUGGCAGAGGUGAGGGCAGGGAGCCCCCUCCCAGCAUCGUCCUCUGUGUACACACACACCGCCCCACCAGGCAGGGAGCUCAGCGGGCUGCGGAGGGGCCCUCUCUGGAAUGCACUGAACCACGCCUGCCUGUCAAGGACCCUGCGCCUAUGCAGCCUGGGUGGCGACAAUCUCAUCCGCCUGCCCACAGGACACAGGACCUAGGCCUCAAAGGCAUCCUGAGGACAAGGAGCAUGCAGGUGCCUAGUGGAGUAAUAUAUGCCUUAAUCUUUGAAGUAGAAAUGAAAGAGGAAUUCGUCAGAGGCAUCUGUUCUCCUGUGCAUACGACUUUGACUGUCGUAAAUUUUUCUAAAAAAUUGUUUACAAACCA